AUGACUGAUCCUCGUUUUCCUACAACUGAAAAGUCCGAAAAAUGGGUUAAAACAACUUUUAACAACUUUGAACCAUCUCAAUAUGGACUUUUAAUAAAUCUUAUUCAAAUUCAUCAAAAAAUUCAUACUUAUGGUAAUUACUUUGCUCUGGAUAGAGCUGAGGAUCUCGUUGAUCGUGCUACAAAAUUUUUGAUAGAUCAUAAAGAUAAACCAGUGAAACAACAAAAAAAUUUCCGAGAGUGGAUCGGUUUUUUACAAAAAAAUGAAAUUAAGAAACAAAUUAGACCUAGAGAUUGGAUAGGUCUUAAAGCUUGUAUUAAAUUUAAAAAAUUACAAAUUCAAUCUUUACUUAAAAAAGAUUCAGAACUUGGACAGUGGUUGAAUGAAGAAUAUAAAGGAGAUGAUGAAAAUAUUAAAAUUAAAUAUAAGAUCGGUCGUGAAAUGAUAAAACUUGCGGUUUUGGUGUUAUGUAAGAUUAGAACUUUCGAAGAAGAUCCAAAUCUUUUGAAAUAUUACCUUAAAAAGUCACAAGAAUAUUCAUUCACUAUUAGAAAUAUUUCACAAAAAAAAUUUAAAGAUUUGAUCGCAAUGUGGUAUAUCAUUAAUAUGAUUAAAACGGAAAUUGAAGAUACCGGAGCAUUGGACAAUUUGGACUUUGAAAAGUGA